AUGAAGUUCGCACACUUGUACCUAGUCGGCCAAUUGUUCACGUCGACGAAUGCUAUUGGCUCGAUGGUUCAGAAUAGCAGAUUGUCCCUCCGGCGAGACGGAUCAAACUGCAAAAAUGCCUGUGCGAUUUUAGCCUCCGAAUUUCCAGGCAGAUUCCAUUACGACGACGAUGAUUCCGACUUUACAAUCUGGGACCAGAAACAAUUAGAGACCGCGUAUGUCUGUCGCGUCCAACCUGCAUCUGCCAACGAGGUUUCCAGAGUCUUACAAGUCCUCGUACACAAUUGGUGCAGAUUCGCGGUCAAAUGCGGCGGCCACUCACGAUUUCCGGACGACUCAGUCUCCGUCGAUGGGGUUACUAUCGACCUUGGCUUGAUUAAUAGUACCGUCAUCUCAGGUGACAAUAAAACAGCUCGUGUCGGCGGCGGGUCCCUCAGUCGCCAGGUUUUUGCCGCUCUUGAUCCGUAUGGUCUGGCAUACGUUGGUGGAAGAGUUGGGCAAGUUGGCAUUGGGGGGUUUACUCUUGGAGGAGGUACCUCAGUGCUGGCUGGAAAGUAUGGAUGGGCACUGGAUCAUGUCCUUGAGUACGAGGUUGUUCUUGCCAAUGCUACAAUUGUGACGGCAUCACAAGAUUUGCAUCCGGAUUUAUACUAUGCUCUUCGAGGCGGUGGUAACAAUUACGGCAUCGUGACAUCGUUAAAUAUCAGUGUCUUUCCCCAGGGUCCUGUGUAUACCGGUUCGCGUACCUUUGGCGAUGGUCAGACGGAUCGAGUGCUUGAAGAGGCCGAGAAAGUCUUCGCAGUCCAAGACUCUGAAGAUACCGCCGUAGGUCUGGAGUACCGGUAUACAUACACUGUGCAAAGUGGCUGGAGCAUUUCAACCACCCAAAGAUACGCGAAGCCAAUACUGUACCCUUCGGUAUUUGAUAGUCUCAACAGCAUCCCAGCAUUGGGAAAUCUCACCGGCGGUAUCAACAGUCUUGCCAAUAGCACGAGUUCGCAAGGAGAAUUGGGGAUAACACGGAACGUGUUCACCACUUUGACGCACUACCCAUCCAUAGACUUGAGCAAGAAGGGCCAUGCUAUCCUUAAGGGCCUUGUGGAGGGAAGAAAUUUGACUAGUUUGAAUCCACAGCUAAUCACAUAUUCCAUACCUGCCGCGACAAUGGCAAUGUCCAAGGCAAGAGGUGGCAACGCUUUCGGUCUUGACGUCGAAGGUCAUCUUAUUCUCAAUCUCUUGUCUUUGAGCUGGACUGAUAGCGCAAUGGACAAUGCCGCGUAUGCUUUGGCAAAUGACUUUAUUGCAGACUUUCAAAAGGCUGCGGAGAGUCUCGACUCCUUUCACCCAUUCGUCUACAUCAAUUAUGCGAACAAGGGACAAGACGUCUUCGCGAGUUACGGCAAGGACAAUCACAGGAGAUUGAUUGAAGUGCAGCAGGCGUUGGACCCAAAGGGUGUAUUUACAACUUCGGGGCUCUGGACUGGCUUUUUCAAGGUACGAUGA